UACUAUUUUAUUGUCAGUGGAAUAGCUCUGGCGAUGAAUGGCCGCCUCGUUCAGUGUGGUCCGACAAUUCCAUUUUAUUGCAAUUCAUUUUUUUUAUAAUUGAUUAUACACAUCCCCAGACAUCUCAUUAUCUCAUUACACUCGGUGGUUUUUCAGAGCUUAGAUUUUCCUGAGAUUAUUGGGAUUGGUGGUUGAAAAAAAAAAGUUAAUAAAAAUAAUAAUAUAAAAUGGAGAAGACAGCGGAUGGGUUCCAUCAAGACCGGAACAAUGGAGCUGAAGAUGUCACUAUGACAUUAGUCAACAGCGAUGAGAGAGUCGCUAUUCUUGACGCUGGUGCUCAGUAUGGAAAAGUAAUUGAUCGUAAAGUACGUGAAUUGAAUGUACAGUGUGAGAUAUUACCUUUGGAUACUCCAGCAUUUACUCUCAAAGAGAAAGGAUACAAGGCGAUUAUCAUUUCUGGAGGACCUAGUUCUGUUUACGCAGAAGAUGCGCCGAGAUAUGAUGGUGAUAUAUUUCGAAUAGGUAUUCCAGUACUGGGUAUUUGUUAUGGGAUGCAAAUGAUGAAUAAGGAGUUUGGUGGUACUGUUAAUAGAAAAGAAGGACGUGAAGACGGACAGUUUUUAAUAGAAGUUGAUACCAAGUGCCUUUUAUUCAAGGGCUUGGAGAAAGAUCAAUUAGUUUUACUCACUCAUGGAGAUAGUAUAGACAGGGUUGCUGAUUGUUUUCGUGCAACAGCUAAAUCAUCAAAUUUUAUUGUUGGAAUAUCGAGUGACAAAAUGAAUUUAUAUGGAGUACAAUUUCACCCCGAAGUUGAUCUUACGACAAAUGGUAAACAAAUGUUACAUAAUUUUUUGUUCGGUAUUGCUGGCUUGACUGGUAACUAUACAAUGCACGAUAGAGAAGCCCAGUGCAUUCAAUAUAUUAAAGACACUGUUGGCAACAAUAAAGUAUUGUUGUUAGUUAGUGGAGGAGUUGACUCAACAGUAUGUGCGGCAUUAUUACAUAAAGCAUUGAAUAAAGAACAAGUAAUUCCAUUGCAUAUCAACAAUGGAUUUAUGCGCAAAGGCGAAACACCGUUUGUUGAACAGAGUUUAGCUGAACUAGGAGUUAAGCUGCGUGUUGUCAAUGCAACACAUAAUUUUAUGGAGGGAACAACGUCUGUACCACUCGACCACGUGUCACCGGCAAAUAUUAUUAACAAUAAGGGCAUUGGUGUUACGGCCAUUGGUCCGAGAACUAGAAUAACUAAAAUGCUGUGUCAGACAACAAGUCCUGAGGAAAAACGUAAAAUAAUUGGUGAUGUGUUUGUCCGGGUUGCUAAUGACGCUAUGACGGAAAUGGGAUUGAAACCUGAACAAGUUUUUCUUGGGCAGGGUACGCUCAGGCCUGAUCUUAUUGAAAGUGCUAGUGCACUUGCCAGUGGUAAAGCCGAUGCUAUUAAAACCCAUCACAAUGACAGCGAACUUGUAAGAGCCUUGAGAUCACAGGGACGUGUUGUUGAGCCACUUAAAGAUUUUCAUAAAGAUGAAGUACGACAGAUUGGAUGUGAUUUAGGACUACCAGCGUCGCUUGUUCAACGACAUCCGUUCCCUGGUCCCGGUUUAGCCAUACGUAUUUUGUGUGCUGACGAACCAUUUAUGGACAAAGAUUUUUCUGAAACUCAGGUAAUUGUAAAAAUAAUGGCCGAGUAUGAACAAAUGCUGCAGAAAAAACACGCACUAUUAAAUCGUGUCGAAAGUGCAACAAGUGAAUCAGAACGUCAACAUUUACGCAGAGUUUCAAGUGAAAAUCACAUUGCGGCGACAUUAUUACCAAUUCGCAGUGUUGGAGUACAAGGCGAUCGAAGGAGUUAUAGUUACGUCGUAGGGUUAUCGUGUCAGGGACUUAAACCGGAGGAGGAACUGCCACUAGAGACCGUAGUCUGGGAAGAUUUAUUGUUCCUUGCAAGACUGAUUCCCCGUGUCUGUCACAACGUAAAUCGCGUCUGCUAUAUAUUCGGACCGAUAGUCCAGCAUCCAAUAACUGACAUAACACCAACGCACCUCACGUCAAAUGUCAUCUCGACACUCAGACAAGCCGAUCACUUGGCCAAUCAAGUUCUCGCCUCAAAUAACUGUGUAAAUGUAAUCAGUCAGAUGCCAGUUGUAUUGAUUCCGGUGCAUUUUGAUCGCGACGCUGCAUCUCGGGUGCCUUCAUGUCAACGUUCUGUUGUACUCAGGCCUUUUUGUUCAAGUGAUUUUAUGACUGGUACACCAGCUAUUCCUGGCAAUCAAUUACCAAUACACGUUAUUAAAAAAAUGAUUGCUGAAAUAUCAACAGUACCAGGAAUAUCACGCGUAUUAUACGAUUUAUCAUCAAAACCACCUGGUACCACUGAAUGGGAGUAAUGGACACUUAUUUUAAACUCACUCCUUUAUAUUUUUUCACCACCCGUUUGCGCGUAACGACUCCAGAAAUAACAAUAAUAAAAAAAACUAUAUUUAAAAAACA